AUGGCUAUCACGCUGCAGGAUGUGCUGCCGCAGAAGGUGCUGCCUCGAGCGCCGAGCCCGAAUGCAUCUUCGCCCAACCCAGGCGUCCGUUCCGCCAUCACCCAGUUCAUCUCAACGUCUCGCGAGGCAAGUCUAGAUGGCACCCCGACACAAGAGUCGACGACGAACGAUUCUGCAUAUAUUGGAGCGAGCAGUAGCCGCGUGAGCCUCACUCGUGGUCUCAGCGACGGCUCGCAGGGACAGGUCGCAGCACCACUCAGAAGUCCAGGGUUCGCUCCGAUGGCCGGUCGAAAGUCCAUGUCGGCAGGAGCUGGAUCCAGAAGAGGCAUCGCACACAGCAGUCGCGUUCUCGGAACGGACAAAAAGACCCGAGACGCUUUUGCUCUUUCGGAGCUGACCAACGGCAAGGUCGAUGUGUCAUUCGAGGCCAAUGCAGGCCCCAAAUCCCCCUUGUCGCCCUCGUUGAGCAAGGGUAAGGGGAAAGCACGCGAGGGCCAUGAGGGCGAGAACGGGCAAACGCCAUUGUUCGAUGUUGAUCUCGAGGCGGGACACCAGACAGCGGCUGGAUCAUCAUCAUCGCCUCGCUCAGGUCGACUCUUGCGGCUCGGAUCGCACGCGAUGCCUUGGAAGAAAGUCAGGAUCAACCCAACACCCGCGUAUGAGGCUACGCCGAACGAUGCUACCACGACCCCUCUCAGCGACCGAAGAGGUGACUCGCUUGACUUUUCUCGUUCACCCAAGGUCGUCGACGAACGAGACGACAAAUUCGAGGAGGACGACUAUCGCGGACACCUAGGAGCCUUCGAUGACGACAACGAGCAGCUCCUCUACGCCGGUGCCGACAACGCGGACGACUCGGAUCCCUAUGCAUCUGGCAACUUCGACUAUGCCGCUCUGCAGGAUGACACUCAGCUGCCUCGAUACAGUAGUGCGGUUGGCUUCGAAGCAAUGACCUGGAUGGAAGGCGCCUGGAUGUCGUUGAGCGGCGGCGUGGUGGCCGUGUUGAUGACGGUGGCCAUUCUGAUCAGCCUUGAUGUCAUUGACUGGCCCGGUGACGGUCUCGGCAACAAUUGA